AUGGCCUUUUCUUUUGACCUAGCCGUCACAGAAGAAAGAUGCAAGAACCACCACGAAGCUACACGGGAGGAGAUUCCUUUUGAUAUCGUGAUAGAGAUUCUCACGAGACUCCCUCCUAAAUCCCUUAUGAGAUUCAAAUCAGUCUCAGAGCUCUGGUCAUCCUUUAUUUGUUCCCAAUAUUUCACCAACCGUUUCCUAAAAGCUUCACCAUCGCCGCCACGUCUAUACAUGUGGUUGUGCGUCGACAACAACAAAAACGUAUUACUAUCAUCAUCUUCGGCUUCUACUGUGUUAUCCUUUGUUGUUGACCAAGACUUGACCAUCCCAGCGAUGGAAGGCUACUCAGUCUCUCAGGUCUUUCGCGGGUUGAUGUGCUUUACAAAAGGUGCAAGGGCGAAAAUAUUCAACACUAGCACUAGGCAGCUUGUCAUCUUACCCGACAUAGAGGAAUCCAACAAGUGGAGGUAUAUCAAGUACCAUAUAGGACACGACCACGUUCAUGAUCAAUAUAAAGUGGUUUGCACAGUUUCAAGACGCAGCGACGAAGCUGGAGAGUUCAUAACGUUCCUGUCAGAGCAUUGGGUCUUGAUACUAGGAGGAGGAGAUGGAUCAAGUCGAUGGAGAAAGAUUCCAAGCCGAUGUCCACCGCAUCAAGCUUUGACACAAGCAGUGACUAUCAACGGGCGUAUGCAUUACCUAGCUUGGGUUCGUUUGUAUCAUCCUGUGCUUGUUACUUUCGAUGUUGAUUCUGAAGAAAUCAGUAUCCUCGAAGGAAUACGUAAUUUUCCAUCGUUUGUUAUUAACACUGGUGUUGUAGAAUACGGUGGAAGAGUAGCUGUUUUACGCCAUAUGUAUCUUAAAGACAAAGCUGAGAUGGAUCUAUGGGUUAUGGAAGAUGAAGAAAAGAAUACGUGGUCACACAAGACUGUGGUGUCGCAUCAUCCUUCUCAUAUGCAUAUGGUCAAUAGCAUCAGCUUGAGGGUACAAGGUACAACUAGAAACGGUGAGGUUAUCUUUGUGCCUCAAAAUGUAACUCGGACCGGCAAUACUGUCACCGGAGCAAAAAAUACAACUCUUUUCCACGUUUUUCUUUACAAUCUAGAAAGGAAUCGUAUGAGAAAAGUUAAAAUCAAAGAAACAUCAAACCGGUAUCUCACCAAAAAAUGGGAUGUUGUUGGAUUUGAUGAUACUGAGAACUUGAUGUAUCUCUAA